GAUUUAGUUUCUAGUACUGUUUUACAAACCGACGAGUCCGGUUCUACUGCCCGCUGCAAGCAGAGCCGACUAGACCAGAUCGGGAUUCAGAACCAGAAUCGGAAUCGGUGUGUGGGAUCACUGCCUGAUCAGAAGUCAGUUGCAAUUUCACCGCGUGCUCGGAACAACGCGCCUUUUCCGAUCCUCCCCCAAUCGAUUCGGUCUCGUGCCUGAAAAGGGUUUUUAAAUACGUCGGAAGUUAUACUCAGCCUGCGGCACAUGUGAAUGCUUUUGAUUGAAACCCUUUUUUAGCUGACCGGAUAUCUUAGAGGCAGAGCAUCGGCUUGGGCGACGCAUCGAAAGUGCGAGAGGCGGGUUUCCAGCAGGACCCAGGGUUGUCCAGACCCUAAGCUUAUCCAAGGAGCGCAACCAUGACGCGACCCAAGCAGGAUGGCAACAAGUUUAAGUCCUUCAUGCAGGAGAACGUGCUCACCAUGGCCACCGUUAUCGGUGUGUUUGUGGGAGGACUCAUCGGCUUUAUCAUCAAAAACAGCACGGGCGAGUGGUCUAAGAGGGAGAUCAUGUACAUAUCCUUUCCCGGCGAGAUUUUCUUGCGAAUGCUGAAAUGUUUGAUUGUCCCGCUUUUGGUGUCGUCAAUCACCAGCGCUAUUGGUGGCCUCGAUCUAAGCAUGUCCAGCAAGAUUGCUACCAGAGCCAUUACAUACUACUUUGUGACCACCAUUUCGGCCGUCAUUCUGGGCAUUUGUCUGGUGACCACACUGCGUCCCGGCCAGGGAGCCAAGAUCGUGGAGACCCAGACGGAGAGCAUCGACAAGGCCUCCAAGGUGCUCACCCCAGACACGCUGAUGGAUCUAGUGCGAAACAUGUUCACGGACAACAUCAUUCAGUCCACCAUGUUCCAGCACCGCACUGAGAUCUAUGAGAACACCAGCAUUAGCCCUGCACAACCCAUGGAAAACUGGGAGUUCAAGUCGGCUCAACGAGAGGGCUCCAAUGUCCUGGGCCUUGUGAUGUUCAGUGUGAUCCUUGGAACCACCAUCGGAAGAAUGCGGGAGAAGGGACAACUGUUGCAGGAUUUCUUCACCACCCUGAGUGAAGCAAUGAUGACCAUCACCUCAUGGGUUAUUUGGAUUUCCCCACUGGGCGUGGCUUUCUUAAUAGCCGCUAAGAUCAUUGAAAUGGACUCCAUAGCGGCGACAAUACAAUCCUUGGGAUGGUAUUUCAUAACGGUCAUGAUAGGGCUAUUUCUGCAUGGUUUCGGCACCAUUGCUGUGAUCUUCUUCUUGGGUACUCGCCGCCUUCCGUACCGCUACAUCGCCAAGCUGAGUCAGGUGCUGGCCACGGCUUUCGGAACUGGAUCCAGCUCGGCCACCAUGCCACUGACCAUCAAGUGCCUGGACAACAUGGGCAUCGACCCGCGGGUCACUCGCUUCGUCAUCCCCGUGGGCGCCACCAUAAACAUGGACGGAACGGCUCUCUACGAGGCUGUGGCGGCGCUGUUCAUCGCCCAGUACCGUGAGAUGAGCUACUCCUUCGGCACCAUCGUGGCCGUCAGCAUAACGGCCACGGCAGCCUCGAUCGGAGCUGCAGGAAUCCCGCAGGCCGGACUCGUCACCAUGGUCAUGGUGCUGGACACUGUGGGCUUGGAGCCGAAGGAUGUGUCCCUCAUCAUAGCUGUCGACUGGUUACUGGACCGCUUCCGCACCACCAUCAAUGUGAUGUGCGAUGCCCUGGGCACUAUUUUGGUUAAUCAUCUGUCGAAGAACGAUCUGGCCAGCGUGGACAGGCUGAAUGCCGAGCCCCAUGAGCUCCUCGAGCUGGGACCCAAUGGCCACGAGAUGAAGGAAUGAAGGCAGUCUUCGCUUGGCGCCUAUAACCGCAAACGAUGAGUGGACAUGUCCCGGCUGUGGGCCUGUUUCCACAUCCUCCCCAGCAACGACAGCGAUAGCGAUGACUACGACGACGACGAUGAGGAGUUUUAAGGGACGUCGCAGGAUCAAAUCGAAUCGAAUCGGGGCUGGGCGGAGUCAUCAUGUUUGUUUGCGGAUUAUUUGGGGUGACCAAGUCGAAUCUAAUUUCCAGAUUGAUCAGUUUGAAGCAGCUCCUCCGGCAGAGGCUAGAGUUUUGCCAGAGUACAAGUACUAAGCCAGCAACGAAUUUAAGUGACAUAUUCGUUAACUAGUUUGUUUUUCCCAAAAUUUAAGAUCAAAGAAAGCGAGAACAGAAAUAAGAGAUUUAAGAUGAAAACAAAAGAACAUUUAUCGUCUAAAUUAGAGAUACAUUGAAGGUGUAAAUAAUUUUUAAAUAUAAUUAUAUUAAAUUGAGUUCAAAUUUGCAUUACAUUUUCCCAUAUGAUUAGUAUUAACAGCAAAACGAAUCGAAGGGUAAUACUUAGGUUAAUUUCAAGCAAACAAUCCCAACUUUAAGCAAUUGCAUUUGAUUAGGUCGCAAAUUGUUGAGAUUCGUAUCUAGUAUUUGUUAAACAAUAUUCUACGACUUUUUGACUUAGCAAAGCCAAACCAAACAACAUAAAAAAUGACAAACUUAAAUUAUAAAAGAGAUUAAUUGACACACUAACAAAUAAAAUCAAUUUCAAAGCGAAUCAGAAUUUCAAAUGCCGUUACAAGUUCGUGUUCAUAGUUGAGCUUUGUAAAUACUUAAUAGCUUAAGUAUACAUACAUAAAACUUUAUGGAAAUAUUUAUAUUUAAAGCGUGCAAAUCGAAUUCUUGAACGACAAUAAUAGAGUGCUACAAUCAGACAUACAGUCAAUUUAUACGAGUAACAAAUAAUUUAUUACAUAUUAUUAAAAUAAACAUAAAUUAGGUCACAUCAUUGCGAAAAACCCACGAUGAAAAGAUAAAUACACAAUAAAAUAAAUACAAUAUUCAAAUGUUUGCCAUGCUUUCAGCCAAAAAGGACAAUUUUUAAGGUUACGAAUCAUCGAAAUGUUUGUAGUUGUGCGUAGUCUAAAUAUAUCUUUACUAAUAAAACUUUAUGGAUAUUAAACGAA